ACUCUGGCUGGCUCCUGCGCCACCCCAGUCUAUUUCUUGAAGAUAAUUUGAGCACAGGCCACAGCACACCAGAGCAGAAUAAAGAAGAGAGAAGACGAUACAAGGAAAUGGGAAACAAAAACUCCAAGCCAUGUCAUCCCCCUUCCCUCCUCUCCACCUCUCCUUCCCCUCUCCUUUCCCCACCCCGACUCCCUCAACCCCUCUCCUCCUCUCCCUCCCCCAAAACCCCGACCACACCUCGAACCCAAGCCCCGAACCCAAACCCACAACUCUCCGGUCCCGGCUGAGCCAGCUCUGCAAGGAGGGCCGCCUCGCCGCCGCCCGCCGCCUCUUCGACGCCCUCCCUCGCCCCGCCCCGACCCUCAUAUGGAACACGCUCCUCAUCGGCUACGCCUCCAACUCCCUCCCAGCCGACGCCCUUCGCUUCUACUCCCUCAUGAACUCCUCCGCCGCCGCCGGUGGCGGCCCCCCUCGGUCCGACCACUACACCUACUCCUCCGCCCUCAAGGCCUGUGCUGACGCCCGCCAGCUCGCCCUCGGCAGGUCCAUCCACUGCCACCUCCUCCGCCGCUCCCCCGCGCCGCCCAAGAACCGCGUUCUCAACAACUCCCUCCUCAACAUGUACGCCUCCGCUCUGGCCCCGGAAUGGGCACGUGCCGAUGCUGUCCGGUUGCUGUUCGACGGAAUGCCCAAGAGAAAUGUGGUCUCGUGGAACACGCUGAUAGGAUGGUAUGUCAGGUCGCGGCGUCCGGCUGAGGCGCUGGCGCAGUUCAAAAGCAUGAUUGAGGUGGGAGUUCGGCCAACGCCGGUCAGUUUUAUCAAUGUGCUCCCAGCGGCGGUCAGUGUGGGGGGCGGGAGGUGCGCCGACAUGUUGUACGGUUUUCUUGUUAGGCAUGGAAGUGAGUAUGCUAGUGAUCAGUUUGUUUUGAGUUCGGCGAUAUUUAUGUAUUCGGAGCUCUUGGAUGUGCAGUCUGCAAGGAAAAUAUUCGAUCAAGCUGAGUUUAAGAACAUCGAAGUGUGGAAUACCAUGAUUGGUGGGUACGUUCAGAAUGAUCGGUUUGAUGAAGCUGUUACCCUUUUCAUCGAGAUUUUGGAGUCGGAUGUGGUUGAUGCUGAUACCGUGACGUUCUUAUCCUCCCUAGUGGCAGUUUCGCAGCUACAGGAUGUCAGGCUGGGGCAGCAGGUCCAUGCUUUUCUGGUUAAAGAGUAUUCAAUGGCACUGCCCUUGAUUCUUUGUAAUGCACUUAUUGUUAUGUACUCGAGGUGUGGUUGUGUUCAAAUUGCCUUUGAGCUUUUCUGUCAGAUGCCCGAGAGAGAUCUUGUCUCAUGGAACACCAUGGUCUCUGCUUUUGUGCAGAAUCAUUUGAACUUUGAGGGUCUCCUGUUGGUCUAUGAGAUGCAGAGGGAGGGGUUUUCUGUGGAUUCCGUGACAGUGAUGGCCCUGCUUUCUGCAGCAUCCAAUCUGGGCAGUCUCAGGAUCGGGAAAGAAACACAUGGAUAUCUCAUUAGGCAUGGGAUACAGUGUGAAGGGUUGGAGAGCUAUCUGAUUGACAUGUAUGCAAAGUCUGGUUCUGUCAGGACUGCAAGUCAGCUGUUCGACGGUGUUCUAGUCGAUGAGCGAGAUCAGGUCACAUGGAAUGCAAUGAUUGCAGGGUACACACAAAGUGGACGGACUGAAGAAGCUAUUUCAGUGUUUCGAAAAAUGCUUGAAGAAAACCAGGUACCCAAUUCAGUGACCCUAUCCUCUGUCCUCCCUGCUUGCAACCCUGUUGGAAGAAUUCAAGCUGGUAAGCAGAUCCAUGGAUUUGCCAUCCGACGCUACCUAGAUUCUAAUGUUUUUGUUGGUACUGCUCUGGUGGAUAUGUAUUCCAAGAGUGGUGAGAUUUUAUCUGCAGAAAGAGUAUUUGAUGGCAUGAAAGCAAAGAACACUGUUACUUACACCACAAUGUUAUCAGGCUAUGGUCAACAUGGUCUCGGUAAGAGAGCCCUAUCUCUUUUCCAGUCAAUGAAAGAAUCAGGAAAAAGGCCUGAUGCUGUCACCUUUGUAGCAGUGAUUUCAGCGUGUAGUUAUUCUGGGCUGGUGGAGGAGGGUCUUUCUGUUUAUGAGUCAAUGGAGGAGUUUGGGAUCGUGGCUACACCGGAGCAUUAUUGCUGCAUUGUGGACUUGUUGGGUAGAGCUGGGAGGGUGGAGGCGGCAUAUGAGUUUAUUCAAAGAUUGGGUGAUGAGGGAAACCUUGUGGGAAUCUGGGGAUCAUUACUUGCAGCUUGUAAAGUUAAUGGCAAGUUUGAACUGGGAAAGUUGGUCUCAGAAAAGCUUUUUGAGAUUGGAAAGGAAAAUGGACUUGCAGGUUACCAUGUUCUGCUCUCAAAUGUAUAUGCUGCUGAGGAGCAUUGGGACAAUGUUGACAGGGUGAGGAAGGAGAUGAGAGAAAGGGGCUUGAGGAAGGAACCUGGGUCAAGUUGGAUUGAUGUUGGGGAUACAACGCAUAGGUUCAUCUCUAGAGACCAAAAGCACCCGGAGUAUGACCAAAUAUACAGAAUGCUGCAAGAGUUGGCCUUGGAGAUGAAGUUGCCUAGUCAUGAGACCCCUGAUCCUUGCCUUGUUGAUGGGAAAUCUGAGGUUGAUUAGUAACUCCCAUUAUAGAUUCAACUUAAUCAAGAACUCAAGAUUUUCUUUUGUAUUGGUGUGAACAAAAGCAGCUUAUGGGCGGAUCAUUAGCUUGAUGGUUUGUGGAUAAGUAGUGCUUUAGCUGAUGCAUGCUUGGUGGCUGGUGUCCUUCAACUUCUGAACUAAUAAGGAUCCUACUUGUCCAUGUUAUUGUGCUUCAUUGGCAUGAAGCUAGUUUGUGUAUGGGUUCUAUGCUGCCUGCGGUGCAUAUUUCUCAUGAUCAGGGGCUUGCCUUCUGGAGGCAUGGCGGAGGCUUGGUUUGGAAGGAGAGUGUUGACUGUUUGUGCUGGAUGAAUAUGAACCAAGAUGAUUUUGUGAGGGCCAAUUUGGAUAUCCGCCAAGGCGUUGAUGGUUGAAAGGGGAGACUUGAGUAUCCAAGAAUGAUUCGCUGGCCAAAAUAAUCAAGGUUUUAGUGGAUAUUAUGUUGUUUGAAGAACAAAGGUGAAAGAUGAAGCUGCCGAAUAGUGCAGAUGAGUGCAGAUGUCAUAUGAUUCUAGUUGAUCAAGUCUUUUGUUCCAUAAUGUCACUAAAGUGGUGGGUACAGCCAGAGGGAAGAAGCCUUUUGUUUUUUUCUCAAGAAUACAAGAAGCCUUGCUAUCAAGUUUAUCAUCAUUACUAUAUCGUUACUAUCACUGAUGUUGCUUUAUCUGCAGAACAAUUUUAUUGCAUAGGACAAGUUGGGAAAAAUUCUUAUCUUGUAUAUAUUACUGAAAUGCAGUGAAGGCAUGGCAGAAAACACAAGUGAUAAUUAGAAUUCUGAUACAGAUACAACUGUAAUGUGUCUGAAAGAUGCCACUGACAAUGAUGAACUUUUAUUGCGAUCACUGGGUUUACAAUA